AUGACGACGGAAAAUGAUGGGGCAUCGGCCAUGACCAUGGAGUUUUACAGGAAAGCGCUGAAUUUCAAUGUAAUUGGACGUUAUGAUCCAGAAAUCAAACAACUGCUGUUUCACACACCGCAUGCAUCAGUCUACAAAUGGGACUUCGGUAAGGAUGAGUGGACCAAGCUUGAUUACCAAGGUGUGCUGGCCAUAUACCUCAGAGACGUCACUGGUGGUAAGGAUCUUCCACCUCCAACCGAUAGCAGUGAACAAAGCGUAACAUCUGCAGUCAGCCAAAAUAUGGAUAUUCCAGCCUGUGGUGCAACACUCAGUGGUCGUGAUAUCUACAACUACGGUCUCAUUAUACUGAAUAGGAUUAAUCCUGACAAUUUUUCCAUGGGGAUUGUACCUAACAGCGUAGUGAAUAAGCGUAAGGUCUUUGAUGCAAGGGAAAAUUUGAAUAACCCAUUGGAAUGCAUGGGAGUUGAGGUAAAAGACGAACUUGUGAUAAUAAAAAACUUAAAGAAUGAGGUGUAUGGUAUCUGGAUACAUACAGUUGCCGACAGACAGAAUAUCUACGAAUUGAUCAAAUACCUCUUGGAGAGCGAUCCACAGACUUCCUUCGCGUAA